AUGCCCAUCGUCGUCCGCUGUUUCGCCGCCCCUUCGCCAGGCGCAUCGAUGUCGCGGUUGUUCCUAGCCACGCCCGGUUCUAUGUCCAGGGCCGUCGUCGCACACUUCCCUCCACCGCCAUACCGCACUCCCCUCCCGUCGCCUUCGCGCACUCCCCUCCCGUCGUCUUCGCGCAUCCCCCUCCCGUCGCCUUCGCGCAUUCCCCUCCCGUCGCCUUCGCGCAUUCCCCUCAUUAGAGGAUAUCUGUGCACUCCCUCCCGUCACUCACGCUUCCUUCCCGUCGUGCGAUCACGCUCCCUCUCCUCCCGUCGCCUUCGCGCGACGCCUCUUUCGCCCCUCCUCACUACCCUCCGUCGCCCAGCUCACUCCCCUCUGUCGCGCUCGGUAACUCCACUUCCGUCGCCCACACGCACUUCCUUCCGUCGUGUGCGCGCUCUCCCUUCCGUCGCUAGCGCUCGUGACCUUCCCGUCGCCCUCGCGCCCCUUCCGCCGCACACCGCUUGGGGCGCACGGCCGAUUCUCCCCCGUCGCACACUGGCGCCCUCGCUCUCCCUUUCCAUCUCUUCCCGUUCUCCCAAAUCACGACGGCACGUCCUCUCUUUCCGUAUCCUCAUCCCAUCUCCUCCACUCCCCAUCCCUCCUCCCCCCCUCCCUCCACCCCCCAUCUCUCCUCUUCCCAUCCCCAUCCCUCACCUCACCAUCCCUCACCUCCCCGUCCCUCACCUCCCCAUCUCUCACCUCCCCAUCCCUCACCUCCCCAUUCCUCAUCUCCCUUGCCUCAUCUCCUCAUCUCAAACGAUCACUCUCCCCCCCCCACCCUCGUGUUGCGCAAUUCCCCUGACGUCCACGCUCACUCCCUCACCCCCGUCGCCCACGCAAACUCUCUUUCCGUCGCUCAUCUCACCAUUCCGCCCCAAUCCAUUCCGCCUCACCCCAUUCCGCCUCACCCCAUUCCACCUCCCCAUCCCUGAUCUCCCUAUCCCUCACCUUCCCAUCCCUCCCCUCCCCAUCCCUCAUCUCCCCAUCCCUCAUCUCCCCAUCCCUCACCUCACCUCCCCAUCCCUCACCUCCCCAUCCCUCACCUCCCCAUCCCUCAUCUCCCCAUCCCUCACCUCCCCAUUCCUCAUCUCCCCUUGCCUCAUCUCCUCAUCUCGAACGAUCACUCUCCCUCCCCCACCCUCGUGUUGCGCAAUUCCCCUUUCGUCCACGCUCACUCCCUCACCCCCGUCGCCCACUCAAACUCUCUUUCCGUCGCUCAUCUCACCAUUCCGCCUCACCCCAUCCCACCUCCCGUCCUCACCCCCUCCCCUCCUCUUCCAAACCCAUCCCUCCUCAUCUUUCCCCAUCCCCUCCUCUUGCCAUCCCCAUCCCUCACCUCCCCAUCCCUCAUCUUCCCAUCCCUCUCCUCCCCAUCCCUCAUCUUCCCAUCCCGCUCCUCCCCAUCCCUCACCUCCCCAUCCUUGCUGCUGUUGCUGUAAUUGA